UUGAGUUUAACUAGGAUAAACAGUGGGGCAGGAUUCCAUGUCCUUAAUAAUUACACUCGCAUUAAGAAUUGGUGUGACAGUAGUUAUAACAACUGGUGGAAAUAUGAUAUAUUCCCACACCUAGAUGACAUCAAUUGUAAAACCUUGUUAGCUAGUGAAUAUGAGAAUUUCAAAUUCAAAGCUCGAGUUGACGGGUCAAGGAAGGGGAAAUCCCUUCCUACAGUAGCUAAAGCUCCUUCACGUCUUCGAAAACGGGAAACUUCAAAGCAUUGUUUGAAUUCCCAAGAACAACAGGUUCCGAAGAUGUUGAAGGUCACAACACCUGUUUCAAGAUCAGCUAAUGUUCGAUCUGUUCAUCCUUUAAACAUCCUAGAGUCUGCUAAAGUGAGUUCGUCAAACGAAUCUGAUCAUGCAUUCCUUUUAUCCCGCAUAUCCAAGGGUAUUUUCAAGAAACAUGAUAUAGGCUCGAAUCAUGGAAGGAUUUCAAGCACAAUUGUACCAGUUGAUAAUCCUGGUUCUACUAAGCAGACAGUUCAAGAGCGGUGCCAAACAAGAGCUACAAAAGCUGAGUAUAAUUUGGCUUUGUGCCGUGCCAGAAGAUGGUGCAAAUCAUACCACUACAAAGUCUCCCACAGGUAG